UUUCAAUCGGUGCUUUCGUCACUUUUGUAGAGAAUCGCACGCGGUUCGCACCGAGAAGGCACCGACAGAGAACUCAGCUCUCAUUGUGGUUGUCAACUUCUCGAACGAAUCGAGCGCACGAUCACUCUCUGGCCAUUUAUGUACACGUUACCAGACGAUAAUCGUUCAGCGAGUCCAAAUCGAGCGAUUUCCAACGGAAACUCGGGCUGUUCGAACGACGAGAAUAUUAUUUGUCGGGGGAAAUCCUCUGGAACUGUCCGACAGUUUGAGACUUGUGCAAGGUUAUCGCAUUUGUGUGACAGACGAGUUACAGGAUAUUGGCAUCAGUGUGUCGAACUUUAACUUCGAAGAGAGCGUCUUUGAAGCGAGUGACUUUUGCAAAGCUCGAGUCGAAAGUGAAUCGCGUCAUUCCUGAAGGAUCAUUCGUACUGGUGCCGUAUUUUUCCCGUAGUUAGCGAGGAGAGAGCAACUAGUGCAAUAUCAUGAAGGACGUUAUGAUGAUAUGGAAUCGAUUCACCGGCCGGCAUUACUCGAACGUCAACGUGAACCAAAACGAGUCCGGCGAGCCCGAGGACAUAGCGAUGAAAACGAACAACCUGAGGAGGAAAUCUUCGAUCGUCAUGAGCAAUUUUAUUAAUACAGCUCUCGCGGUGCACGCGCGGAACAAAAGGCCGAACCAACUGAGAAGUAUUCUCACGCUGAUGAUUUCGGGAUUCUUCGCCAUUACUAUUGGCUGCGCAAUUUUCAUACUCGAUCCGUACGAGUUCAUUUUUAAAAUGAAAGUGAUAUUCAGUCCCGGCGGCGAAAUAUUCGAUAUCUGGCGGAAACCGGACAUCGAACUUUAUGUUAAAAUCUACCUCUUUAACGUGACCAAUCACAAGGAAUAUCUAUCUGGCGAGGAGAGCAAAUUAAAGUUUCAGGAAACUGGCCCUUACGUCUACCGAGAAUUGUUCGAACAUAAUAAUAUCCAUUUCAAUGACAAUGGUACGGUGACGGCAUAUCUACAACACCCACUGCAGUACGUACCGCACAUGAGCAAUGGAACGGAAGAUGACAUGCUGAUAUUGCCGAACAUCGCCUUAUUGAGUAUUACAAACGUAAUGAGGAAUUCUGUUUAUCUAACCAGACUCGGAUUAAACUUACUGAUCAUUAACACGGAUUCGGAGCCCCUGGUGAAAAUGACUGCUAAGGAAUUUAUGUUUGGUUACCAAUCCACCCUUGUUACCCUUGGCAAUAAAAUGAUGCCAUCUUGGAUUAAAUUUGAUAAGCUAGGCCUUAUUGAUAGAAUGUACGAUUUUGAGAACGAUUACAUAAACGUUUAUACCGGUGAAAACGAUAUACGUCAAACAGGCUUGAUUGAGAAGUUUAAUGGCAAUGUGAAUCUGCCGCAAUGGACAGGAAAAUGUGCGAAUGUGAAGGGAGCCAGCGAUGGAUCAAAGUUUGCAAGUUACAUUCAGCCGAACGACACCAUAUUAUUCUUCAGAAAAAGUCUCUGUCGCAGCGCCAUUAUGAAACGAGAUGGAGAAACAACCAUGAACGGAAUGCAUGUAUAUAAAUACAAAUUCGUGGAGAAUAUAUUGGACAAUGGUGCUUAUAUCCCAGAGAACAAAUGCUUCUGUCGCUAUGGAUAUUGCUUAAAACCUGGCUUAAUUGAUGUCACCGACUGUUACUAUGGAUUUCCAAUUGCUCUCUCGUAUCCGCACUUCUACAAGGCUGAUCCGACCAUCUUGGACGCUAUCGAGGGGUUGAGUCCAAAUCCUGAUCUUCAUGAAUCUUUUCUAUAUGUUCAACCAAAGGCGGGUCUACCGCUGCAAUUCGCGUUCCGUUUUCAAAUCAACAUGGCUUUGCAAAAUAUCGGUCACAUGUCCAGAGUGGAGAAAUUCGAGAAUUUCGUCUUACCGUUGCUCUGGUUCGAAAUCGGAAUGUCCGAGUUACCGAUAUCGAUGCUAGUUCGUUUUUGGUUUUAUUUGAAUUUCUUACCAGUUCUUCAGAGCGUUCUCAUUUAUCUUUCGAUACUCGCCGGUUCUGUACUUAUAGGCAUCUGUGUUCGCAAGAUCAUUAUAUGGCAAUCGACGGAAUCGACAUUGACCCGACAGUGGCUCAGUUCUGAAAUAAAAAGCAAGAAGAUGCAAAUUUUGAAUAAUAGACGAAUGUCGUAUAAGAUCGAUGAAAUGGACAGCUCGUUAAUCGAGUCGAAAGAUGAGAAGGUACCUGAAACAGCACUGGAUUUACCAUCUUUAAAAGAAGACAUCGUGUAACGUUAGUUACUGAAAUAAAAAAAAAAAAAAAGAAGAAAACUAUGGAAAGAGGCUAUUUUGCAAUGGAACGCGUUAGAUUAUCUUCGAUUUCGAGAUGUAAUCGAUACAAAAACGAAUGAUCGAAUUCCGUAAGAAAGUACUUACACAUUUAUAAUAUUUUCGACAUUGACAAUAGUAUCGUAAAAUCGACAUUCGAUUCUAUUAAAGUCGCUCUGUGAUCAUAGAAUAAAAGUAUAAGUUGCAUAGUUCAUACAGUAUGAAGUAAUUGACAAUAUUUUUAAAUGCAGUUACAAACAGUAGUGGUAAGUGACACCUUGUACUAAAUUCUUUACUAUGCAGGUCAAUACAAACGGUGCUAAUUUAAAAAUAAUUGUUAUUUUCUACUAUUAUAUAUCACUAACAUCUUUUCUUUUUUUUUUUAUUCUUUUUUUUCUGAUGGACGUAGAAAUUUUGAUUUUUAAUAUUUUGGCGAUAAUACUUUGUAUUAAAUUGCCGGAAGUCGAUGCGCUUGUAAAUAAACAAAAUCAAAAAAGAGGGUGCAAUUGAUCAUUUGCUCAAGACGUUUUGUAAUUUUAUAUAAACGAUUAAAUGCAUUAAGACUGAUGUUAUAGACUGGUAUAGUAAUUAAGUGAUUUAUAAUUCAAAAACAAUUAACAUAUUUAAUUACAUUGUCAACGAUUUUUUUGUAAUGUAAAAAAGUAUUAUUUUUGAAUCGCACCGUUUGUAAUUGAAAGUAAUGUAGAUUUAAAAAACGGUAAGGGCAAUUAAUCUUAUGGUUUAUGUUCUUUUUUUUUUUGUUUUUUUGUUUUUAUAACCUUUAAAUCCACAUCGUUCCAAAAUUUACAAUAUUUUGUAUCUUUAAUUCUAAAUGUACGACUUGUACAUUUUAAGAAUCAAAACAUAUUUAUUAGUAUCAUAAUAAUAAAAUUUUAAUUAUUAAUUACGUAUGCUAAAUAUUGUUCAUUUGUUAAGAGCUGUUAAAAAGUAUUACAUAAAUCAUAAAAGCGUUGUAAAUUCUUUUUUAUCAGUAGCUACAAAAAUCGUUUUUAUUACUAAAUGUAAAUUCUAUUAUUGUAUAUUAUAAACACAAUUAUAUAACUUCAUUAUAAGACAUAAUUCACUGUACUCAAUUUAGAACUUUAUCAAAAAUGUAUUUAUUUCGUAAUCUGUAACUUUUAAAUUGUUAAGACAUUUGUGAUUCAAAUUAUGGUGGUAUAUCUAACACAAAGGUUUAAAUUUUCUAAAAAAAAUUUAUAAUUUUAAAAUGGAAAGGGGAUAACUAAAUUGUUUUUAAAAUAUAACUAAACAUAUUUCUCUGAUUAUGUUAAGCAUUUUAAUUAAUUUCUUACUUGUAAAUAUUAUUCAUAUUUAUUGAAUAUUAAUUGCAAAUUUUCAAUAUACAUAGCAUUUAGAUUGUUCAUAAAUUUUUGAAAUCUUCAUAACGCAUACAGUAGUAUUAGAUGUAAAAAAAUUAUAAAUAGUUUUAAGUAAAUCGAUAGCUGAUCAAUGAUUUUUUAAAUAUUUCAUUUUUCACUCUUGCCUCAUUUAUAAAUUUAAGUCAUAGUACAGAUCAACUAAGGAAACAGUAUUUUGUAGAAUCCAACACAUUCUUAUAGAUUAUUACAUGUUCUUUUACUUUAAAUAAUAUUAUGACAAAACAAAAUGUGAUUUAAACUUUUUGUAUAUAUAAAUACUGUUUCCUUCAAUUAUAUAUUUUAUAUAACUUUUGUGGGAAUAACUAUUAUGUUUUCCACAAAAAUACUGAAUUCUUGCCAGUGAAAUAUUAAUAAUAUACUUAUUUAUAAUAAUUGCUCAAUAAAUAAUAUUUGUAACAAAAA